AUCGCGUUCUGGUUUGUGACAGCCGCCCGCCCGCGUAAAUUUGAAAUGGCUGACGAUUUGCCGGCUGGUGUAGUUCUGGAAUCUAAAGCUAUGGUUCCAGCGAGACCUGACUUGGCGGCGGAGGUGGAACCGGCGUCCUGGAAGGAAGGUCCCCCCUUCGGAAACCCUCUAUUCCCUCACCUCUCCCCUGGCCUCGAGGGUGCUCCUCCACCUACCCACCCACUCGUCUACCCACCCUGGCAUUCCCCUACACUGGAGCAUCAGACACCUUCAGGCCCAAGGGUUGUUCCUCCCACUGACUUCCAACAAGGCCAUCCUCUGCCACAUAUGUGGUUGAAGCCAUGGACCCCUCCAUGUGUACUGUUUGGUUUGUUCCAGGAUGUAGAUCCAUGCAAUGAUGUGAAUCCAGGUGCUACUGUAAAAACUCUCUUGCCAGAAGGAAAAAUUCUUUUUCCACAAAUUAUCCAAACAAAUGAACUUCUGUUUUAUGAGCGAUUCAGAGCCUAUCAAGAUUACAUUUUAGCUGACUGUAAGGCCUCUGAGGUAAAGGAAUUCACAGUCAGCUUCUUGGAAAAGGUCCUUGAACCAUCUGGAUGGUGGGCAGUCUGGCACACUAAUGUGUUUAAGGUGUUGGUUGAGGUUACAAAUGUGGACUUUUCAUCAUUGAAGGCAGUAGUGAGGCUUGCAGAACCAUGUGUCUACGAAUCUAAAUUGAGCACUUUUACCUUGGCCAAUGUGAAGGAGCUUUUGGACCUGAAGGAAUUUCAUCUGCCUCUACAGGAGUUGUGGGUGGUAUCAGAUGACUCACGUGAAUUUCACCAGAUGGCACUUGCAAUUGAACAUGUCAGAUUUUUCUACAAAAACAUCUGGAGGAGUUGGGAUGAAGAAGAGGAGGAUGAAUAUGAUUAUUUUGUCAGAUGUGUUGAACCUCGAUUGAGAUUGUAUUAUGAUAUACUUGAAGAUCGAGUUCCUUCAGGACUUAUUGUUGACUACCACAAUCUGUUGUCUCAAUGUGAAGAGAGUUACAGGAAAUUUUUAAAUCUGAGAAGCAGUUUGUCAAAUUGUAAUUCUGACUCUGAGCAGGAAAAUAUCUCCAUGGUUGAAGGGUUAAAUUUGUAUUCAGAAAUUGAACAGUUGAAACAAAAGCUAAAACUCAUUGAGAAUCCUUUGCUGAGAUAUGUUUUUGGUUAUCAGAAGAACUCUAAUAUCCAAGCAAAGGGUACUCGUCAAAAUGGCCAGAAGGUCAUCCAUGUGGUUUCCUCCACCAUGAAGACAGGUCUACUUCGGUCUCUAUUCAGGGACAGGUUUUGUGAGGAGUCUUGCAAAGAAGAAACAGAAAUUCAGUUCCAUAGUGAUCUGUUGUCUGCUAUAAAUGCCUGCUAUAAUGGUGACACUGUCAUUAUUUGUCCUGGCCAUUAUGUAGUUCAUGGCACCUGCUCCAUAGCUGACUCCAUAGAGUUGGAAGGAUAUGGUCUACCAGAUGAUAUUGUCAUAGAAAAGAGGGGCAAAGGAGAUACUUUUGUGGAUUGCAUGGGUAUGGAUGUUAAAAUUUCAGGCAUAAAAUUUAUUCAGCAUGAUUCUGUAGAAGGAAUCUUAAUCAUUCACCAUGGCAAGACCACACUGGAAAACUGUGUACUGCAAUGUGAAACUACAGGAGUCACAGUUCGCACAUCAGCAGAACUUUUCAUGAAAAACUCAGAUGUAUAUGGUGCCAAGGGUGCUGGUAUAGAAAUAUAUCCUGGAAGUAAAUGUACCCUGACUGACAAUGGGAUCCAUCACUGCAAGGAAGGAAUCCUCAUUAAGGACUUCCUUGAUGAACAUUAUGAUAUUCCAAAAAUAUCUAUGAUAAAUAACAUCAUACAUAAUAAUGAAGGUUAUGGUGUUGUUUUGGUGAAGCCCACGAUUUUCUGUGAACUACAAGAAAAUGCCGAAGAUGAAAUUAAUGACAAUAUGGUUCAGAAAAAUAAAGAGGCAGAUGUCACUGAAGGAUUAGAUCUGGAAGAAAUGCUUCAGUGUGUGACUAGCAAAAUGGAGCCUUAUACCACAGCUGACUUCAAUGAACAAGCUAAAGGAAAUUGUGAAAUUAUAAAUGAGCUACUUGCUAUUUCCAUGCAAAAAGGCCGAAUGAAGAAAAGACUGAGUGAACUUGGGAUUAUACAAGCUGAUGACAACAUAAUGUCACAGGAGAUGUUUAUUGAAAUUAUGGGGAACCAGUUUAAGUGGAAUGGCAAAGGGAGUUUUGGCACAUUUCUUUACUAGCUACAAUGAUAUUGGUAGUUCACAAAAUAUUGUAUUUUGAACACGUCUUAACAUGCUGCUUAUAUACUUUAAUUCAUUUGCUUCAUGGCUGUAUAUUAUAUAAAGUGUACUUGAUUAA